AUGAAACGAAUGGACAAGAAGCAGGUGUAUCGCCUUAUCAAGGUGCUGGGGAAACACACCGAGCGAUUCCGUGCCAUCAGGACAGUCUUGUUGGGUUUAGAGCAGCCAAUUGGCAACUUUGGGUCGUUUGCUGUGCGCAUAGUGCAGAAGCUGCCUCGAGUCGAACUGCUACAACUCUGGUUUUGCAAAUGGGAGACUGAGCAACUGCAACCGGACACCUUUCUCCAUGUCACCCUCACAUCUGGAUUGGUGACCAAGCUCGAUCUGAACGGUGUGGCCUUCCCAUCUGCGGUUGUAUUUGGGCGGCUUGUGCGCGCGCUGGCCCGCCUCUCCUCCCUCAAGUGCUGGCGCGCGAUGCGAGUGCCAUGCUCAGCUCUCCCACUCCGAGUCAACGUCGCCGAUCUGAGUUACAGCGAUGAUGUAUUUGACUUUUUCGUGUCGAUCGGCACGCACAUUCGCCAUCUCACCUGCUAUGGACGGGAACUGGAGAAGCAUCCGGAGCUGCUCGCGGUGUCCGCCGAGUCGCUCUUGUCCCUCGAUGUCAAGCUGCUUUACAAAGCCUCACUCGAUCUUUCACCCGCUGUCAACUUGCGUGUCCUGUCGUUGGCCGGUGACCUCGAAAGCAUCGCUAAAGCAGCCAUUUCCCUGUCGUGCGGAUCUCUUUUCAACCUAGUUGAGAUCACCGAGUUGCGGCCAGAUCUCUCAUUCUUCAAACGGGCAACACUUGUCUCCAUCUAG